AUAGCACAGGGACUCGCUCCGGCCGCGGUUCCUCGCCUCGCUCCGCUCCACGAACGUCCACCUCUCAGUGAACGCGCGCCCGCGUCAAAAUGUCAGCUUAACGGCGUGCAGCGGCUCUCCUCGCAUCGGCAACAACCCGGCAGUGCAGCGGCUAAGUGCACUGGCUAUUUCCGGCAAAAUGGCGUCUCUAUCGGCAAACACCCUCAGCUUUGCUGCCCUCGCCAGCAGAACCGAACCCCUGGACUCCCUGACGCUGUCAGACUCGCCUGUGUUUUUAUUCACCGCCACACGGCCGACAGCGACCAUCAGCCACAGCCAUGACCCUCUGCCCGCUGGCCGCGGAGGCCCUGUACUUAGGGCCCUCGCUUCUGACGGCUGACCCCAUGGGGCCCCUUCUGGACCAAAAUGAAGAAGCUCUUUCUCCCUCCUCCUCUCUAGAGGGGAAGGCACCAGCUUCGCCCCCCCUCUCUUUCUCCUCCCCUCCUGUCUCCCCCACUCCCCCCUCCUUGUUCCUGGGAACCAAGGCCCGAGCGGACUCCCCGUCCCUCCCCUGGCUGGGAGCCGGCGACCUGCUCAGCGCCACCAUUGGACCAGACGACGGAAACGAUGAUGCGUUCGCUGGCAUGGACUGGAUGUCGGAGAAGAUCGACCUGAGCGGCUUCGACCUGGACUCCCUCAUGGGCUCGUCUGACGAGUGUCCCAGCUCCCCCGAGGACCUGCUGGCCUCCCUCGACUCCCACGUGGAUCUGGACGUCGACUCCUUCAACGCGUCGGUCUCCUCGCCACAUGGCGGCCUGGAGCUCUGCAUGCCGCUCCCCUCGCUGGAGGGCGCCGAGGUGGCCCCCGACCAGCAGGUUGCGAAGGCGGAGCCUCCGUCUCCGGCCUCCACCCUGGAGCUGGGCAGUGAGGUGGACGUCCCGGACGCCGAGAAAACGCCGGCGCGCCUCUCCGCCGCCAUCAUUCCAGGGCCCAGCGAGGUCCUUCUGACCAGCAGCCCCAUCGUGCUGUCUCUUCCCACCUCUGGUCACCUGGUUGUGGUCCUCGCCAACCAGGACGAGCCCCCCCUCGUCUCCAUCCCAGACCCCUCGGCCAUCCCGCCCCCACCAAGCGACUGCGACAGCGACUCCGGCAUCGAGUCCGUUGCCGGCUCGCCUGCUCGCCUCCAGCCUCCGACCGCCGGGUCCUCCAGGACCAAACCCUACUCCAAACCAGAGCCCUCCUCCACCACCAAGACCCCCAAGGUCAAAUCUGUGUCCGGCGCUCCCAAGGUGGAGAAGAAGCUGAAGAAGAUGGAGCAGAACAAGACGGCGGCCACGCGCUACAGACAGAAGAAGAGGGUGGAGCAGGACCUGCUGAACACGGAGUGCGAGGAGCUGGAGAAGAGGAACGGCGAGCUGUCGGACAAGGCGGACUCCAUCAGCCGAGAGAUCCAGUACCUCAAGGACCUGAUGGAGGAGGUCCGGAAGCGCCGCGUCAAGUCCAGCUCGGUGGCGUAGCGGACGAGAGACGAACAAGUGGAACUCCAUCAGCAGAAGAGUUAAACGGCUGGAAGCAAAGAGAAGCUCCUGGAAGUCGAUGAUGUUGGUAUGAAGGGUGGUGCAUCUGUUCUCUCCCCCUCUGUCUCACUGCAGUACAGACUCAACACCCCCUCCCCCUCCCUCCCAGUAUCUGAUCCCAGAUCAGCUCUCAGGAAGCGACUCCUCCCUCUUACCCAGAGUCGCCUCCUGUCCACCUUCCUCUUCUUCAGCUUCACGUCCAGAAAGAGGCCUCAAAGUAUCGAUGAAUCCUGUUACUUGUUCUGUGUACAUAGUUUCUCCUGCGUACUGGUAGUUUAUUUAACUAAAGGCCUGAUGACGUCAUCAGAAGCUCAGCUGUUUGACUUUGCUCUUUUUCUAAUAAAUAUCUAUCGGUACUCUGAA